AGAGAUGGGGCAAUUGUGUCGCUCGAAUACCGGCAAAACGAUGUUCGAAAAAACUGGUUUUUUCUACUGGACAUGGCGAACGAUUAAUGCGUACAUUGUUGCAUAUUUUAAAAUACCAGGAUCGAUAUACGUAUAUUGUCAAUACUGUACUGUCAAUAAUUAUUGAGAAUGCGGAAAUAAUGGUAGUAUGAAGAGUGGCCAAAAAGUCAUGAUACAAGUGGUCGCUUGCAAAUACUUCGAAGAGGAUUUGUAGAAGUAUAAAAAUGUAAGAAGAUUUUCAGGAUUAAUUUAUUGUACUGACAGGAAGUGGAGACUCAUUUCCUGCGCAAUGGUGGAGUAUAUUGAAUACCUAUGGAGGACAAUGGGAAAUCGAUAUGGCAUAGAUAUGGUACGUGUCACUCGUAUGUCUGAAAGCGUUUGUUCACGUAGUCAAUGCGUGAUUGAGUGAUGAGUGCAGCACGUCGAAUUCUGAAGAAUUGCAUUCGGCAGAAUUGGAAGCGGAGCGCUCGUACCGGAUGUCUAUCGCAGAAGGUAAUUAGCAGAACGUAUGAUUUUGCAUUAUCGUAUCAUCUAUAACUGGACCGAGGUAAAUGAAUAGGUAUAACAUUUCGACGUACGCUUUAGCGAUCUCGUUGAAUCGAAACGACAACCGGUAUCGCACAUUUAUAGCGGAAUUACAGUCGUAAGUCUCGUGUAUUUUUUGGCGCUUAUAUUCUCCUGAAAUUAUGUGAGAAUGACUUUGGCAAACCGCCAAUGUUCCCCGGACUGUGCGGAGACAACAUGUACGGAGCAAUGAACUUUAGGAAGCGUGACUUCGGACAAGAUUUCCUCUUUUCUUUCCGACGAAUUUUUAGUUGUAAAAUUUCUACACAAUGCAAUUGUCCCAUUUCUUGAUUCACGACCGUUUCCAUGGACCAUUCAUCGUUGUAUCUGAAGCGUGUAGAUAGCCUCUGCGUUUCCGUUCGUCGCAUGGGAGAUGCAGGAAGAGCUACUCCUUUCUACUCCCUUUAGAUCAUUGUUUCCUAAUCCAAGGCUGCCGGGGACCGUAUUCUUGCAAAGGAAGCCACAAACCGCCUUUGACCAUAAUGCUCUUAGCACAAGGCGUAAAAGACGGAGUAUUCCCGACAGUGGACUUAAAACAUUCCUAACAUUGGUCGUGGUUACGAAUCUGUACUUAAUUUUACACAGAGCGUGCGAUCUCUUUUUUGUAAUUAGGGACGGGUUAACCAUUAGGGUAUUGAGGGGAGAAGGCACCACAGAAAUUUGUCAUUACCCGAUUUACCGCACGGUGCAGCGAACGUCAUCCAAAGCUACAGUGUCCUUUGAAUGCAAUCAACCGCACUGUCAUGCCUUCAUGCAUCACACCCACAUUCGCGUCAAGGGCAGUUCCAGUCGAGGAGGAGUUCAUAUGGAAUGGCAUCACGUGGACCCUCGACGAGGACGCUGCCAAUCGCGAUAGCGAUGGCCGUCGCAAUGUCAGUCGUGGCAAACGGUCUUUGUCCGACGCAAUGUCGUUGCGACGACGAGAGCUUGCGAGCGUCCUGCGCUUACGCGGGUCUCGAAAUCGUUCCGAUCCAAUUGAACCCAGAAAUCAAACACUUGGAUCUGUCCAACAAUCGUGUCGGGAAUAUUCACCUAUCGUUCGUCUUCUACGGUAACCUGGAGACACUCGAUCUGACGUCGAACGCCAUCCACACCCUGGGCUCGGACAAUUUCGUGCUGCAGAAGAGCCUGAUCACGCUGAACGUAAGCAAUAACGCCGUCAAGGCAUUAGCCAAGAAUUCCCUGCAAGGUUUGGACUCGCUGAAGGAGCUGAAUCUAGCCAGCAAUAAUAUUUCCGACAUGAACGAGGAAGCGUUCAAGAGCACCAGCGAAUUGGAGAUCCUGAAUCUGAGCGACAACUCGAUCACCAGUUUGCCGGAAGGUCUGCUGAAGAACCUGCACAAGAUCCGCGCGUUGAUCCUGAACAGGAACUCGCUGUUGGAAGUCCCGACCGCGAAUCUGGCGCUGGCACCCAGUCUGGAGAAGGUGGAUUUGUCGGACAACCUCAUACAGGAGCUGGACAGGGACUCGUUGCCCUCGCUGCCGUCGCUGGUCUCGUUAGACCUGGCGAACAACGUUAUCAGGAAUAUCGCUGACGACGCAUUCGACCGUUUACCUGGACUGCUACACCUGGAUCUGUCCGGUAACAACUUGACGUCCGUUCCCACGUCCGCGUUGGCCAGGCUGAACGUUCUAUCGACUCUGAUCCUCAGUCGAAAUCCCCUUGGCAACCUGGACGCCGUAGGGUUCCGCAAUCUGUUCGAGCUAAGGAGCCUCGAGUUGAACGACUGCACCAUCGUUAGCGUGCAUGCUCGAGCGUUCGCCGACAACGUGAAUCUCGAACGCAUCUCGUUGGACGGUAAUCGGGGGUUAAAGGAGCUACCAGCCAGGGUACUCUACAGCGCCAGAUAUCUGAAAUGGGUGUCGCUCCGUCGUUGCAGCCUGUCGACCUUACAACCUACGCAGUUCCCGGUGGAUGCGUUGUCGUCCCUUCGCUUCGGCGGGAAUCCCUUGGUUUGCAAUUGCUCCGUGCAUUGGCUGUGGACGCUUAUCAGGACGGAAGAGCGGCGAAACGAGUCUCGACUCGAGCUGGAUAGCCACGAUAUCGUCUGCACCGACGAGGAAUUCGCCGGCAAAGCUUUGAUCGCUCUAUCGGAAGGUUCUUUGCGUUGUCGGCUGAGCCCUCUCUAUCUCUCGCUGUCAGCCGCCGGUUGUCUAGCCGCGACCGCGACCAUCCUCGUGCUGAUAGUCCAUGUGACGCGUACCAACAGAAAGAAACGUCUGGCGUACACCGCGCCGAACCGACCGGAAUUCCUCGUCUACGUCGGGAGGGACAACGACGAGUUGGACAAGAACGCCGAAUCGUACAGCAGACGACUCCUAGCCAGGAACGAGGACACCCCGUACGACACGCCUCGCGGGAAGGCUGGACAACGUAGUCCUCAAUCGCAGGAUACGAACAUCUACGAAACGCCCAGACACACCAGAGCCAAUCGACGAGACACGGAGCCGUACGCGAGGCAAACGGAAGAGGGUGUGUACGCGGUAGCCGACGUGACCGAUCUACGCGACGAACCGCCGGAAGUGCUCUCGCUUUAUCGCAUGCAGACUCCUACUGCUCAUCGGGUGGACUAUGGUUACGACUACGAGUACGAUUACGAGUACCAACCGCCGCUUCCGCAGAAGCCUCACGUAGUGUUCGUUUGAACUAUCUAGUCGUGCUUAACGUUCUAGCAACUCCGGGAGUCUGAAUCUCCGGAGGGUAACCGUGGUCGUUCGAUGGACCGGUUCGAUAGAGGCGACCGAUUCUUUCGGAGUUUCGCGAAAACAAGGGUAAACCCUUAAUAGGGUCGGAUCCGUUCGAAGCGAUGCGAGCUGAAGCGUGAUACCGUAAUCCUUCCAUUACCGGAAGUAGCGUCGUCCAUUGAAAGGGCUGCGGACUUAGAGCAUGCCACCGGAUGAAUUUUAACGUGAUCACCGGUGGCGUGGAUUCGUGUAUUCGAAUGGUGCCAGUACACGGGACUGAGUGAAUCGUCCACGCGGAGAAUGGCGGGAGCCAGGCUCGAAUCGGUGGACAGAGUUGAAAAUGAAAUGUCUUCCGAGAUAGUUGCGCCGCUGGAGAAGCAGAAUGCAUUUUCGCUGAGGGAACGCAAUCUGAUUCGGAAUGUAAAUUGUACGGCGCAUAAACGUGCUGGUUGUAGUCGACCAGCCUCGGGAACGUAUUUAUUUUCACGGAUUGCGUCGGAUUCCGUUGGUUCAGUGCAAAUGCUGCGCACCGUGUUCCAAGGCGGGCGUGUUCAUUUCGCAUUUAAACGUAGUGACAAAUCAAAUCAAAGCAGCGUCUCGUUAGUCCGUUUAAACCCUCCUAGACUACUAGCGUCCCAAGAUUACUCUUCGUCUCUCUCCCUCUAUCUUUCUCUCUUAUUCUCUAUCUCUAUCUCCCGUUUUCUCUAUCUAUCUCUUUCUCCUACCGGUACCUACAGUUAUCGCGUCUUUGUCCACUAUUCCCCUUUUUCGUUUCUCAUUCAGCGAAGUCCGCGUUUAGGUAGGCUGAAGAACCUUGACAAGAAUUUUUGCGAAACAGUCGGCUACCUCAAGCAAGGAUUUAAACGAGAAACGAGUUCAAAGGAAGAAAGGGCGUAUCGUGUUCACGCGUUCCCACCUUUCUCUCGUGAAAACACGCCGGACACGCUCGUGCACACCUGAAGGGAGCAAAAGACACGUUAGGAUUCGUAAUUAGACAGGCGGUUUUUGUUUGUCUUGUCUGCUUGUCGGUGGAAGGGAACCGUCUUCGGGAUCGUUGUAAAUUGAAGCAAUAAUAGGCGCGACCUUUACUCUUAGGGACACACUACGACACCGAGUAUAAUUAAGGACGAGAUUACACGUUUAUACGAACGUAGGCGUACGUACGCGAGGUGUUUCUGUAAUUCUCGGAAUGUUAUUAAGUUCUAUUAAUAAUUUAUAUGUUUCUUUGGAUCCCUUAAUAUUUUAAGUUCUUUGUAGCAGACAAUGGCUUAUAUAAAACGUAGUUGCAAACUUUAAAAUUCAUAAUUGGUUUCGAUACAGUUUAAUACAGUUAGGUUGAUAGCUUCGAUAUACAUUAAGACAGAUCGUUUCGACAAUUAUUUUAUUAUUUCGUUAAUAGAAUUUGUAAGAACGAUUUGAUUUUUAAGAACGGCAAUUUCUGAAACACCUCGUGUAUAUAAAUAAUAUAUAUAAAUAUAUAUAUUUAUUUAUUAAUUUAUGAUGUUAAGUUUGAGAAGAUGUUACGUUUUGAAUACGAAGAAAAAAAAGAAAGAAAAAGAUACAAAAUAUAGUUGCUGCGUGGGGAAUAACAUGCGUAUCCAUCACGAAGCAUCGCAAGCUAUCGAGCUUUCGAAUUCGCGUAGUGAAAAUCCAUCGUCUGCGAGUGUCACGCGUCACCGAAACGAGGGAAUCAUUACACGAACUCGCCGGCUACGAGAGCUCGGAAAACUCGCCUGUGUGUAAGUUUCGCCGUCGUGGAGCGCCUCCUCGAAACGCAACGCGUCUAGAAAUUUUAAUGGAAUAUCGAAUUCCCGCUGAUUAAAGUCCCCCGACGCGGUGGCUCCUCCCGGGGGGGAAAGUUCGAAAGUUAAAUAUUCGAUUCGACACGGUAAACCUACGACCGCGAUUUGACGAUCGAGAAUCGCCGGACGGAUAUGCCGAAUAAUAAUUUCAUCGGCUCUCGCCGAAAUAUUACCCCUCACCUGCUGAAAUAGGGUUUACAUUACGCGCACCCUCCUUGCGAAGAUUGAUAUUCGAGCCGGUUCGAUCUCGAGGAUACUUUCCCCCGAGUCAGGUGCAAAAGGAUUAUUGUUCGUCAUACUUUUUCGAGUUAAAGUUUGCUUUCAUUACUAAUUUGCUAAUUUCCUUCCAUUCGGGUAAACAGUGUUAUUAACCCCUUGCGUUAUAACUUGUCAGGUGCGUCAACUGAAUUACAGCUACAAUAUUAAAACAAUC